AUGCUUCAGAAAAGUCUAGUUUGGACAGACGACGAAGAAAAACUGAUAAUCUGGGCCCACGAGAAAUUCGGCAAUCGAUGGGUCGAAAUUGCCAAAUGCGUACCGGGCAGAAGCGAAAAUGCGAUAAAAAACCAUUGGAAUGCAACCAUAAGGAAACAAACCUCGAAAAGAAAGAUUAGAAAGCCAGAGAGACUUCGAGGCCUUGCACAAUCGACCGUUUUGGAAGAGUAUGUCAAGAAAAAGUAUUUCGAUAAUAACGAAUCUUCUACCUCAACCAACAUCGAAACCGACAAUAAUAAUAAUAAUAAUAAUAAUAAUAAUAAUAAUAGGUUGUCGCUUACCGAUAGCCUAAUUAAUGAAGACGGGCCGAGUUAUCAUCUCGCGUUGGAGACAUUCGAGGAGGAAAUGAACUUCAUGAAAAACCUAUUUCCUAAUAAGGACAAUGUUAUUAUAAGCUGA